AUGGCCUUCAACAUUACGUGCCAACUGACGGCCGCCGCGAACAGCAGCUCCCCGCUCGAGCUGCUGCUGCCGUGUAACGCCACCGGCGGCCCGGACGUCUGGUCGGCGGGCUCCCUCUCACCCGACGGCCGCCUGUGGAGGUACACCACCACGGCGGUGUGGAAGGACACGGCGCUAGGCAUCGUCCUGGCCUGCCUGUGUCUGGUCACCUGCGUCGGGAACGCCAUGGUGCUUCACGCCGUGCGGACCAACAAGGAACUGCAGACGGUCAGCAACUUCUUCAUCGUGAGCCUGGCGGUGUCGGACCUGGUGGUGGGGACGGGCGUCAUGUCGCUCAGCACCGCCUACAUCCUGGCCGAGGAGUGGCGCUUCGGGCUGGCGCUCUGUCAGGUGUGGCUGUCUCUAGACUACGUGGCCAGCACGGCCUCCAUCUUUAACCUGUUCGUGCUAAACCUUGACCGCUACUGGAGCGUGACGGACCCGCUGAAGUACCUGCGAAAGCGCACCAAGCGACGGGCGUCGGUACUGAUCUCCAUCGUGUGGGGCGUGUCGGCGCUGUGGAUCGUCCCGAUCGUGGGCUGGCACCGCUUCGCCUCGGGCGGGGUCAGGAGCGUUCCUGCCAACCAGUGCGACACCGAGUUCCACAGCGAUUGGCUCUUCAAGGUGGUGACGUCCCUGCCGAACUUCUACCUGCCCAUGGUGCUGAUGGUGUUUCUGUACGCGCGGAUCUAUGACGAGGUCAGCAAGCGGCACAAGAACCUGACGGCGCACGUGGCCAGACCCAGCGGCACGGAGGAGGACAUCAGGAUGAACGCUGCCGGAGUACGACGCUCCUCCUCCUCUUCUCCUCUUCACCGCAUCAAGAUCGUCUUCAACGGGCCGACGGGGCUGGCCGAGUCACCCGACCUGCUGCCGAAGUUUCCCGACGAUAGGGAGAGGCUGCCGGACUUUUCCGACGACGUGUCGACGUUUGGUGACGACGUGGAGAGUCUGCCGAAGUUUCCCGACGACAGGGAGAGAGAAAGUCGAAGAUCUUCGAACCUGCUGACCGUCGACUGGACGCCCUCUGACCCCGCCUUCUCUUCCUCCGGGUCCCGCAGAAGUCUCCAGUCUCCGUCCCGUGAGGAUCUCUACAUCUUACGUCACAGCUGGCCGGAGUCUAAGAUAGGAACCUCCUUGAGACGGGACUCGGCUGGUAGCGGGGAGUUCGACGCCGAAACGGCGGUCGACUCACGCCGGAAAAACCGACGGGCCUCCAGCUGCACCCCCAGCGGGAAGAGUCUCGCCAUCCUCCGUAAACUCAAGUUCCAUUCACGAAUCCACUCCGACAGAAAAGCAGCCAAGCAGCUGGGCAUGUUGAUCGGCUGUUUCCUGGUUUGCUGGCUUCCCUACUCCAUCCUCUUCAUGGUCGUGUCCUUCUGCGAGAAGUGUGUGGAUCCGAACGUGUUCAUGGGGACCAUCUGGCUCGGGUACGUCAACUCCACCCUCAACCCUUUCCUGUACCCGCUGUGCAACGGGAACUUUCGGCGGGCCUUCAGGAACAUGCUGCGGUGCCAGCAGCAGCACACGCCCGCCAGCAGCAGGGAGUGGAGGUACCCGCCGAACGGCAAGCUGCAGAGGACAGCCUCGGCAAUGGACCUGUCCGCUGUGUGAAAAAACUUACUCUAUCAAAGCCGCCAACUUUUACGUAGAACGUCUUCCACACUAGACGUUCCCGUGUGAGAAAAGGUUACACUAGCAAGCUCACCUCCGCCUGACUGCACCAGGAAAUCUACCCACGCCAGGCUAGGACUGCUUCGAUACUAGCCCUCCCUGGUGUUGAGCCAAAUCCUUGAGCUAUCUCAUACGU